AUGAAAGAUAUUGGUGAUGGGUUGUUUUCUAUUCUUGUUGAUGAAUCUUGUGAUGUUUCCGUGAAGGAGCAAACGUCAAUUGUUUUACGUUAUGUGAAUAAGAAAGGACAAGUAAUGAAACGUUUUAUCGGUGUUGAACAUGUGUCUAGCACUACAGCUCUCUCACUUAAGGAUGCCAUUGAUCACAUAUUCUCUAGAUUUAAUUUAAGUAUAUCUAGUUUAAGAGCUGCAACUAGCUCUUGUGUAGCUGUGGCAAACAAACAUGCAGAGAUUGAAAUGUUCUUUACGUUACUGAGUAACGUGGUGAAUGUUGUUGGAGGAUCAACUAAGCGGUUUGAUCUUCUUCAAGAGAAGGAGAGGCUUGAAGUUGUUGAAUUGUUGAAUCUUGUUGAUGUCAUUGAGAUGAUUGCCACUGAUGAAACUAGUUGUGGACAAAGAGGUGAAGCUCGUCUUUUGUUAAGAUCUAUGUUGACAUUUGAUUUUGUAUUCAGUCUGCAUCUCAUGAAAAACGUAUUGGGCAUUUCAGAUGAAUUGUACAACAUUGAUGUUCCGAACAUGGAUGAUAUGUUUAUACCUCUAGGUCGCUCACAGCGUAACACUCAAGGAAUAACAAAUCUACAUCAUUUUCGUGUGGAUUUCUUCUAUGCUAUCAUCAAUCUGCAAAUUCAAGAGUUGAAUGAUCGUUUCUCCGAGGCAAAUAGCGACUUACUCCUUUGUAUUGCAUGCUUAUGUCCAGAAAAUUCAUUUUCUGCUUUCGACAAGGAUAAGUUAAUUCAAUUGUGUGAGUAUUAUCCUAAUGAUUUUAAGCCAGUAGAGAUCUUAACACUUGAAGAGCAACUCCAGAUAUAUAUUAUUGAUAUGCGCACUAACAAACAUUUUGAAGGGUUACGAAACCUUAAUGAUCUUGUGGAAAAGUUGAGUAUGAAAACGCGUAGACUACAGUUGUAG